AUGAAUUCGAAUUUCUCACUACGAGACGGCUAUGACCUCGCACUAUACGGCAUAUCCGAUGGUACAUUUUAUGGGAUCCACAUUCCCGCAAUUAUAUGCAUCGCCACGAGCUUCACGUGUGCUGUUUUGGCAAUCGUGUUUUCGUUCCGGAGCAAGAGUUACAAGACAUUUUUCUCGCGCUGGUCCAAUAAAGACAGAAUUGUGGUCUACUCCGCGAUAUGCGAUGGGCUUUUCAACAUUGCCCACAUUACGGACCACAUGCAGAUACUUAUUGCAAGAAGCCACGUGUACCCUAGAGGUUUUUGUGAAUUCUACGCAUUCAUUUUGGCGGAAUUUAUCACAGCACAGAUUCUGAUGGUGAACAUCGUAGCCAUCACUGCUUUUGUCUUAGUAAGGUGGGACAAACAUAUUAAUUUCGGUACUAAAGACUGUCGCAUCCUGCUAUGGACAUUUGGCGCUCCGUUUGUCGGUGCAACAAUAGCUGGUGGCCUUGGAAAGUUCGGACCAACCGGAUCAUUCUCGUAUUUUGUUCACUACUGUUCCCGUAGUGGUAACCUUGGCAAUGAACACUGUGCUCUACGUACUAACAUGGCUCAGAAUACGUCAACAGACAGCAAUUAUCAGCAAAACGCUUGGAACCAUGUCUGCGACACAAAAGGCCAGUUUCAGUUCAGCCAAGGCAAUGUCGUUGCUUGUGGCGGCCUUCUUCAUCCAAUGGGGACCAAUGAGCCUGUUCCAAAUCUGGAGUCUGUUCGUGAAAGUGGUUCCACACCCAAUGCAUCAAAUUAUUGUCAUAUCUACAAACACCGGAGGUGCUCUCAAUCUGCUUGUUUUCCUUAUUAUACGACGCCGACAACACGGAGUUGGGAAUUCCAACACAAGAAUUCACCCUACGGCUGUUCAUGCUUCCGGUAGUAACUCGCGGGCUGUGGACAUAAUAAUAAAGUUAAUAUGGAUGUAAAGCUCCCUUUUGCUAUGGCGUAAACAUGUGAUAUGUAUUGUAGCUAUAUAUAUAUGUAGAUGUUGUGAAGAUAGCAUGUAUAUGGUGAUAAUAAACAAAAUAAACUCAAAACAAAAAUCAUGAC